AUGCCACACUCGUCGUUUUUUAAGAAGCACGAUCCUGAGUUUGUGCACAACGACAGUAACACACUACAAGUUGAGUUUGGCCGCCUCGCUAACCGCUGCGGCUGGACGAAGAAAAACAAGAAGUAUCCACGUCAGUGGGUAAAGUGUCUCACGGAGGAAUUGAAGUGUUAUGUCUAUCAGAUCAUAGACGAAGAUGGCGACAAACUUUCCAACAUGAGGCUCCUGUGUGAGAGAUACGCGAACAAAACGCCAUCGUCCAUUGGAGCAUGUGAAAAGGCACUCCGACAUGUGCAUAUCAAUUUGGUGGACUGGAUUGACAGCCAGCGGUAUGGAGAGGAACCCCGUCGUUUCCGGUCCUACAGAGAUCUGGAAAAUUACACCAGGGAAAAUAAUAGGUUUUUCCCAAAGAAGAUCCUUAAUGAUGUGCCUAUUAUGAAAGUCUUCCUGAGGGCAUUCUAA